UGUUGAGUUGAAAAUCAUGGAUUGGACAACAAAUGAUAAGAUCUCACAAUACUAUAAUUACACCUGCCUAAGUGAAAGAAAUCUUGAGCUUGCACGCUUGAAAACACUCUACGAAAAGACCAUCCAUGCCGAACAUUUUGCAACUGUAGAGAAGGAACUACUCAAUCUAAAUGAAACACUUAAACGAAAACUAACGAUAAACGAGUCAAACAUUCGAAAUGUAAUACAACAGGAUUGGUUUUUGGAAAUUCCUACCGAUUAUAUGCAGAAAAUACUAUCCGACUUUGACGAAAUGAACAUUGCCAAACGUAAAUCACUCGAUCUGUUGAUGCUGAAGGUGCACUCACUUCGCGAACGGUAUCGUAAUCUACUGAUGAAAAUAUUCACCUGUAGAAUACAGGUCGACACGCACGAUCCGAGAGCAACGGAUGAAAAGGUUCAAUUUCGGUUAGCAGCAUUGCAGCUAAGUCGUUGUGAGGCAUCUAUAAGAAAUGCACGCAAUGUUCAAAAUUAUUAUCGUCGCAUAGGAAGUUUUAUGUUCAAGGAUAAUCUGUAUAAUGAUCGAUCAUUGGCUGCAUUAAAACAAGCGAUUAAAGAACAAAUGACACUGAUACGCAAAACUACUCUCAUUGGACGCUCGGUGAUUGAUAAAGUGGUUUCGUUGAAUAAAGAUCUCAAGAAAUCGACAAUCGGAUUCAAUUUGGAUCGAACGCACAACAUGAAAUCAUUAAUGUAUCAUAAAGCCAUCUUGACAAAAGAACGAAUCGCGAUAACAAAUGCAAGCAUGGCUGAGGUGGAUCCGAAACAAUGGAAAUCACGUUACGACUCAAUUACCCCAAGUAUGGAUGCUUUGCAAAAGGAAAAAGAAAAAUUGCACAACACAAUUGAAAAUUUGAAACAUACAUCUCUAACUGUAUGGGAAUCUAAAAUUCUGAAAGAAAUGGAUACAAAAACGCAGAAAAUAAUGCAACUGGAGAAGGACAUUUAUGAGAAUGAACGGAUCUACAAAGAGCUGGAUGCGACAACUGAAAAUACAAAACAUUACGUUCAGGGGGGCUGUACAUUGGACUCUGCCAGCAUGAAAAGCAAACAGGACAGCGUAAUUUUGAAUCUUGAAGAGGAAAAAUCAAACCAAAUCAAGUUGAAAGCCGCGUUGGCUCGUCUUAAAUCCUUACAUAUGCGGUUGGAUCAAUUCUUUGCGUACAUACCAAAAAUACUGGCACAAAAUGAUGCUCAAUCCACACCUGCCCUGGAAGAUGUCGAGUGUGAGCGGAAAAUAACCAUAUCAGCGUUGUUGCAUUUGUUCCAGACUGACCAAACCAUAGAGAAAAUUUAA